AUUUUCAUUGUUUAUCUUACACAGAAAGUAGGUAAAACGAUUCUAUGUGUGUUGAAAUGAUUGAUUUAUGUGACGGGAGAGUAAAAAUGCAAAAUUCUUUGACAGUGCCUAAAACUUGUGCGGUGGUUGCUUGCAGUUUUCGUGGGGAUCGUGAUGGAUGCCGAUUCAGCCGAUUUCCGGCAAUUGACCACAGAACGAAAGAGAGAAUACAUUUAUCAACUUUACGACAACAGAAGUGGUUGUCCGCGCUGAAACGGGAUGAUUUGAAGGCAAACAACUUGAAGCACACCGUAGUUUGCCAUCGUCAUUUUAUUGGAGGAAAAAGUGCCAACCUCAUGGAUAUGAAUCAUCCAGAUUGGGUGCCCAACCGAGAGCUGGGAUACCCCCGGAAGAUUCCAUCGAAUGCUGAAGCUAGAUACCGGCGGGUAAAACUGAGGAAUGAACAAAAAACAAAACGGCAGCCAUCUGAACCCGUCAAUUCGCCCAUUGGUGAAGAAUCUAACGCGUCAUUGGAAUAUCAGGUCUCUUCGUUGCAAUCCGACCUGACUGCGUGCAAACGUCAACUUGAACUAAUAAAAGCCAAAGAAAUGCCGUUUUCUGCUACAAACAUGGAAGAAUUUGGUCAGCGUGAUACUAAAGCCAAAUAUUUCACCGGACUGAGCAAUCGAACUCUCCAACUAUUGUUCGAGUAUACGGAACCAUACUUGCCCGAUGGUAAAAAAUCAAGCUUUCAAGUAUUACUGCUUACGUUGACACGAAUCAGGUUGAAUUUGGAUUUCACUUUACUUAGUUAUAUGGCAGACAUUUCAAUUAGCCACACGGUAACACUUUUUGAAAAAUGUAUAUAUGUUCUUUACCAACGAUUGAAACAUUUAAUUACUUGGCCUACACGAGCUGCAAAUCAAAAUUUAACUCCAAGUUGUUUUCGGAAGCAUUUUGGCGAUAAGGUUACCGUUAUAAUCGAUUGCGUUGAAAUAUUGACUGAAAAUCCAACCGGUGUGUUGGAAGCAGCACAAAUGUGGUCGAAUUACAAGCAUGCUCACACAAUCAAGUACUUGAUUGGAAUAGCUUCGAACGGUGCGAUAAUUUUCAUAUCGAAUGCAUAUGGAGGACGAGCAAGUGAUAAAUUUAUAACGAUGAACUGUGGAAUUCUCGAGAAAAUACAGAAAGGAGACUACAUAUUGGCUGAUCGGGGUUUUCUGAUAAAAGAUGCGGUGAAUAGUGUUGGUGCGGAAUUGCUGAUGCCAGCGUUCACAGUUGGUCAGUAUCAACUGCACCCUUUGGAUGUGGAAAAAACAAGAACACUCGCUAAUGUUCGGAUUCAUGUAGAACGCGUUAUUGGUCAGCUGCGCAAAAAGUACAAAAUAUUGUAUAAGAACAAGUUUCCUCAGAGCACACUUGAAAAAAGUGGUUAG